AUGGAUUUAGAUGACAGUUCCACUACUUUGGGUUGGGAAGACAGACUUCGAAUAGCAGUAAACGAUGCACAAGGAUUGGAGUAUUUGCAUUUAAUUCACAGGGAUGUGAAAUCAGCAAACAUCUUGCUGACUGAAAACUUCCCAGCCAAAGUAUCUGAUUUUGGCCUAUCCAGAAAUUUCCCUACAGACCUUGUGACUCAUAUAACAACUGGCGUUGCUGGUACUCCCGGGUACUACCUAAUAAGCAGGUUAAAUGAUAAAAGUGAUGUUUAUAGCUUUGGGAUUGUGCUGUUGGAAAUUAUCACAAACCGACCUGUUAUAUCAGAAACUGUAGAGAGAAUUCACAUUAGUCAAUGGGUUGCUUCCAUGCUUGCGCAAGGAGACAUUUACAGUAUUGUUGAUCCAAGAUUAGAGAGAAUUAGCAGCUACCUUUAUUAUAGAUUUGGUAAGAAGUUUUUGCUUACCUUUAAUAUAGAAUCGAUUAUGGUGUUAUAG